GACACCACACUGAAGUGUUUGCGAUGCCCUCUAUCCGGGUCUGUCUCUGCUCGGCCCUGCUCUCGGUGUCAGUCCUGGGUUACAAUUUUUCGUCCAAUGGUUGGACAAUAUCUGGUGCUGAUGAGCUGUCUGCGAUGGAAGGGGCCAACGCUGUUUUGCCGUGUACAUUCACGCACCCACCCACUGAUCGCAUCCUCACCGGCUCCGUGCUGUGGCACAAGAGAAAAUCCGGGGUUGAGAGCGUUGUUUUUAACUGUACAUAUCCCGGUCCCGGCCGCUCCCUUUGCGAUGAAGUGACACAGGAGGCCGGAGGGAGCCGGUGCAGAUUCGUAGGGAACCUCAGACAGAGGGAUGUCUCGAUAAUGGUGGGGCGACUGAGCCGGGAGGACGAUGGUGCUACGUUUCGGUGCCAAGUGGACCUCAAUAUUGGAUCCUUCCACACUGUGGUCCCAACACGCCUGACUGUGAUAUCUUCCGGCGAGAAUGUCUCAGUGGUGACUGGGACUGAGGGGGCUUCGGCUACGUUAUCAUGUGUGUUCCCACCGCCUCCGCUCAAGCACGCCCCUCUCGCGGUCACAUGGAUGAGGAAGGAUCCCUACCGACACAUCGUCACGUUCAGACCCCAAGCUGAUGGAUCCUGGGCGGCGGAGAACGGAGCAACUCGGUUCGAGCUGGUCGGCAACCCAGAGCGCGGAAACGCCUCAACCUGGAUAAAGCAGCUGAGGGUGGACGACAGUCACGACUACUUGUGUCUCGUGCCGAUCAGGAAACCGGAGGCAAAAUACCUUUAUAUUUUAUACCCUCCGUUUAUUCAUCAGUACCAGCGUGAGCUCCGGCUGCGGGUCACACCCGUCACACAGGUUGCCCCCAUUGUGAUCUUGUGUAUUCCGCUUGGAUUGAAAACCUUUGCCCUGUUAGUGAUGUCUUUCAUUUAUUGUAGUGCCAAACUCAGGUAUGUAACAUUAUGCAUUCCUUUCCCUCUAAGUAACAGAGAACCAGUUUGUGCUUUUAGUUUAGUUCCGUUUAAAAUACAGUGCGGAAACAGGCCUGUUGAGUGAGAGCCGGCCAGCGAUCUUCGCACACUACUAACACCGUCCUGCAUACACUAAGGAUAAUUCACAAUUAUAUCAAGCCAAUUAGCCGGCAACCCUCUACGAUUUUGGAGAGUGGGAGGAAACCGGACUCUGAGAAAAUCCACGCUGGUCACAGGGAGAACGUACAUAGAAACAUAGAAACAUAGAAAUUAGGUGCAGGAGUAGGCCAUUCGGCCCUUCGAGCCUGCACCGCCAUUCAAUAUGAUCAUGGCAGAUCAUCCAACUCAGUAUCCCGUACCUGCCUUCUCUCCAUACCCCCUGAUCCCCUUAGCCACAAGGGCCACAUCUAACUCCCUCUUAAAUAUAGCCAAUGAACUGGCCUCAACUACCCUCUGUGGCAGAGAGUUCCAGAGAUUCACCACUCUCUGUGUGAAAAAAGUUCUUCUCAUCUCGGUUUUAAAGGAUUUCCCCCUUAACCUUAAGCUGUGACCCCUUGUCCUGGACUUCACUAACAUCGGGAACAAUCUUCCUGCAUCUAGCCUGUCCAACCGCUUAAGAAUUUAGUAAGUUUCUAUAAGAUCCCCUCUCAAUCUCCUAGGUUCUAGAGAGUAUAAACCAAGUCUAUCCAGUCUUUCUUCAUAAGACAGUCCUGACAUCCCAGGAAUCAGUCUGGUGAACCGUCUCUGCACUCCCUCUAUGGCAAUAAUGUCCUUCCUCAGAUUUGGAGACUAAAACUGUACGCAAUACUCCAGGUGUGGUCUCACCAAGACCCUGUACAACUGCAGUAGAACCUCCCUGCUCCUAUACUCAAAUCAUUUUGCAAUGAAAUCUAACAUACCAUUCGCUUUCUUUACUGCCUGCUGCACCUGCAUGCCUACCUUCAAUGACUGGUGUACCAUGACACCCAGGUCUCGCUGCAUCUCCCACUUUCCCAAUCGGCCACCAUUUAGAUAAUAGUCUGCUUUCCCGUUUUUGCCACCAAAAUGGAUAACCUCACAUUGAUCCACAUUAUACUGCAUCUGCCAACAUUUGCCCACUCACCCAGCCUAUCCAAGUCACCUUGCAGUCUCCUAGCAUCCUCCUCACAGCUAACAAUGCCCCCCAGCUUAGUGUCGUCCGCAAACUUGGAGAUAUUGCCUUCAAUUCCCUCAUCCAGAUCAUUAAUCUAUAUUGUAAAUAGCUGGGGUCCCAGCACUAAGCAUUGCGGUACCCCACUAGUCACUGCCUGCCAUUGUGAAAAGGACCCGUUUACUCCUACUCUUUGCUUCCUGUUUGCCAGCCAGUUCUCUAUCCACAUCAAUACUGAACCCCCAAUGCCUUGUGCUUUAAGUUUGUAUACUAAUCUCUUAUGUGGGACCUUCUCGAAAACCUUCUGGAAGUCCAGAUACGCCACAUCCACUGGUUCUCCCCUAUCCACGCUACUAGUUACAUCCUCGAAAAAUUCUAUAAGAUUCGUCAGACAUGAUUUACCUUUCGUAAAUCCAUGCUGACUUUGUCCAAUGAUUUCACCACUUUCCAAAUGUGCUGCUAUCCCAUCUUUAAUAACUGACUCUAGCAGUUUCCCCACUACCGAUGUUAGACUAACUGGUCUGUCAUUCCCCAUUUUCUCUCUCCCUCCCAUCUUAAAAAGUGGGGUUACGUUUGCUACCCGCCAAUCUUCAGGAACUACUCCAGAAUCUAAAGAGUUUUGAAAGAUUAUUACUAAUGCAUCCACUAUUUCUGGAGCUACUUCCUUAAGUACUCUGGGAUGCAGCCUAUGUGGCCCUGGGGAUUUACCGGCCUUUAAUCCAUUCAAUUUACCCAACACCACUUCCCGGCUAACCUGGAUUUCACUCAAUUCCUCCAACUCCUUUGACCCGCGGUCCCCUGCUAUUUCCGGCAAAUUAUUUAUGUCUUCCUUAGUGAAGGCGGAACCAAAGUAGUUAUUCAAUUGGUCCGCCAUAUCCUUGUUCCCCAUGAUCAACUCACCUGUUUCUGACUGGGACCUACAUUUGUUUUAACUAAUCUCUUUCUUUUCACAUAUCUAUAAAAACUUUUGCAGUCAGUUUUUAUGUUCCCUGCCAGUUUUCUUUCAUAAUCUAUUUUCCCUUUGCUAAUUAAGCCCUUUGUCCUCCUCUGCUGGUCUUUGAAUUUCUCCCAGUCCUCCGGUAUGCUGCUUUUUCUGGAUAAUGUGUACGCAUCAUCCUUCGCUUUGAUACUAUCCCUGAUUUCCCUUGUUAUCCAUGGAUGUACUACCUUCCCUGAUUUAUUCUUUUGCCAAACUGCUAUGAACAAGUUUUGUAGUUCAUCCAUGCAGCCUUUAAAUGUCUUCCAUUGCAUAUCCACCGUCAACCCUUUUAGAAUUAAUUGCCAGUCAAUCUUGGCCAAUUCACGUCUCAUACCCUCAAAGUUACCUUUCUUUAAGUUCAGAACCAUUGUUUCUGAAUUAACAAUGUCACUCUCCAUCCCAAUGAAGAACUCAACCAUAUUAUGGUCACUCUUGCCCAAGGGGGCACGU